CUGUGGAGGUGAUAAUCAACAGUGGCUUCGGGGGGAACUCUCCUUGUCUCUGUUGUUGUGUCGUGUGCUGUGGAGCUGACUGGGACCGGGUCUCCCAGUUUGAACCCCCCUCCCGCCGUCCCGUGAGCUCACCUCUUGUUGUUCCCUCUUCCACCUCCUCUCAGUCAGCCUCCUGUUCCCCAUUGAAGAGCCUCUCGCUCCACGUUUUGCCUCUGGGAAGUGUCUUGGAGGUGUAUGUGGCUUAGUCUGUAGAGGUUUAAACAAGAGAGGAGGCUGAAGGGGGCUUUGCUGCUGGCGAUCAGGGGGCAGCUUUGAGUAAGAGCCCACCAGCUGGUCUCUUCCCGCCUGCUGGCCUCUGUCUCAUCUGUCCAUGUAGGCAGAGAGGAGAAAACCAGAGCAGGCUAUAGAGGAAGUUGCCUCAUCAGGAUUUGCUGUCUUUGGAUCGUGGUAGUUAUUUUUGAGGGAGGUGUAGUUGGAGGUUAGGGGGGUGUUUAGGCUGCAGGUGGUGCUAUAGGGAGUGUGUGGGCUUUCUUUUUUUUUUUUCCUUUCUUGGGAACAGACGAGCAGCCCACACAAGGCCACACAACAAUGUUGGGAAAAGGACAAAGUGGAGGAUUUCCCUCUGAGACGACAGGUGAACUCAUGCAGCAGAGCAUCAGUGCAGUUCCUGUGGAUGGAACUGAUAAGAAAGGCCUCCAGGUGGGUGGCCAGUUGCCGGGCGGUGUGCAGUCCGUGGAGUCUCAGCAGCAGAACCAGCAGCUCCUCUUGACUCCGGCCAGUCUCCAGCUCGCUCAGCUCCAGGCACAGCUCACCCUCCAUCGCCUCAAACUGGCUCAGGCUCAGGGGGGUAGCUCAGCCACUGCAGCCAGUGUUCUCAAUCAGGUUCUGUCCAAUGUCACAAUGUCCCAACCACUUUUCAAUCAGCUGCGGAGUUCAACUAUGGUUGGGAAUCCACAGAAUGCCUUCCCCCACAUUCUUGGUUUCCCCGCUUCGAAUUCAGCCCUGGGAGCGUUGGUAGGUGCAGGGUUCCACCAAAACCCAGAGAAUGUGAGACUAAACCAUCCUGGCGGGGGAGGAUCAGUGGGCCAACAGGGUGUGGAGUACGGUACAAAGUCCGGGUCAGCGUACCCUUCUGACACGGACAGGCGUCAUCAGUACAGUGUAGUUACAGGAGCAUCAGCCACAGCUGGUGAUGGACAGUACACAGUGAUCAACGCUCAGGCCAAAAACAUGACCAAUGUUGGUUUCCAGAGAGAUUUCUACGGGCAGGAAAUGCAGGGGCAACAAACUGGACUCGGUGUCAAUGAGCAUAACAUGCAUGUUUAUAACUCCGCUGGCCACAAGGAACAAUGGAAAACACCUGUUAGCAUGAGUCACACCGGGAAGGUGGAUAUGGCUUCGAAUACGGCCACUAUGUGGACAGCAGCUGGGCAGCCCAGUCGGUCCCGGACUGAACUGUAUAACCCAGAGGAGCCGACCUCUGAGCCGAAGUUCAAUCACAGUGGCGGGGUUUCCUCUCUGAGUUUAGGUGGCACGCAGGGAUUUGGGGGCUACCAGAACCUGCAUGGAGGAGAGGAAACCCAGUCCUCAGGUGCCAGGAUACUUCAACCUUAUCAAGUCAAUGACUACCAUGCUGUUACACCCACUCAGCUGCCACACCAGUGUAGCAUCUGUGACAAGAAGGUCUACAACCUCAAGGACUGGGACCAGCACGUGAAGGGAAAGCUGCACCUGCAGAAUCGAACGUUGUACUCAAAUGAAAGCUCGGCCGGGGUAUCAGCUGGAGCUGUUCACUACACUGUUGGCAGACCUUCUGAUGGAGGUCUAAACCCCGCAGGGACGAACUCGAUGGUCUACUCUGCUGCGAGUCAAGAUGUUUCCUCGGGAGUCAGUGCAUCAUACUUACCAGCUGCAGCGAUGAAGACUUAUCCGAUGUCAGACGCAGGAUUCGCCUCACCCCAGCCCGAGUCAAAGCCAUUUCCACCCAGAAAAGCAACCAUAGGGCGAGUGAUUCACAUCUGUAACCUCCCUGAAGGCAGCUGCACAGAAAAUGACGUCAUCAACCUCGGACUUCCCUUUGGCAAAGUCACCAACUACAUCCUCAUGCGCUCGACUCAUCAGGCAUUUCUGGAGAUGGCGUAUAUUGAAGCAGCUCAGGCCAUGGUUCAAUACUACCAACUUACUCCAGCGAUGAUUAACAAUCAGAAGCUGCUCAUACGAAUGUCAAAGAGGUACAAGGAGCUACAACUGAAGAAACCAGGCAAAGAUGUUCAGUCCAUCAUCCAGAAUAUCGCUUCUCAGCGGGAACGAGAUGACAUGCAUGAACCUGAGCACUACGUACCAGAGAGAGCUCGCUCUCGCAGCCCCAUCAGCCGCUCCCUGAGCCCUCAUUCGCACAGUCCCAGUUUUACAUCAUGCAGCUCAGCCCACAGCCCCCAGAGUGCAACAUGCAGGGGUCCAGAGAGAAGCAGUAAUGGCCUUGGCCCGUGUCGGGGCACUUGGGAUUGGUCAUCAUCUCACCUGAGAAGAGGUGAGGAUGAAAGAGAGAGGGAUGACUUAUGGAGAAAUGGGGGAAGCUUGGACGAUGAUCGGUCAAAUGGACGAGCGGCCGACCGUCGGAAGGCCUAUCAGAAGUCCUUGGAUCAUAUCAGCUCACGAUCCGCAGAUGAGCGAGGAGGGGGCAGCGGAGGAGGUGAAGCGAUGAGGAGCAACAGAGACUGGCACCCACGAGGCAGCCCCCAAGGCGCGUCCUUCAACUCAUACAGGAACAUGGAGGACGACUUCUACAUGAAAGAACAAAUGCACAAGUCAGAGAAGCCGCCCAGGCCUCCAUACCAAAGGCACGACACAAAGCCCAAGAGAAGAGAUGGUGGAGACUAUCACGGAAGGUCAAGACAUUCGGAGUUUGCCACGAGUGAGGAGCCACUUCGCAGAACACCGGAGGAAAAAAGGCAGAGCUCACCAGGCAGGGGCAGGAGCAAAAAGACAAGCAGGAGGCACACUGCAGAAAAACAUGACAGGGAAAAGACCACUGAAAACACGGAUGGCCAGGUGAAAGAAAAAUCUGUUUCACCGCAGCAGGACAAUAAACCAAAAGAGGCUACUGAACGUGUUCAAGAAAAAGAGACCGAGAAAGAGCGGGAAAGUGGAGUUGAGACUGAUGAGGACUGCUGGUAUCCAAAGAACAUGGAGGAACUGGUCACUGUUGAUGAAGUGGGAGGAGAAGAUGAUUCCAUUAUUGAGCCAGAUCUUCCUGAGCUGGAUGAGUACGCAAAAGAGAGCCCCAAAGAGACUGUAGAGGAAGAAGCAGUAGAGAAGCACAUAUCCAUGUCCACCUCAUCCUCAGAGGUGCAGGAGAUGAACCAGAAAUCAAACCAGGAGCAGACUUGUGGGGAAGCUGCUGAUCAGGCGGAAACACACGACGCAGAGAAAGAGGAGAAUGUUUUACUUGCGAGCUGUCCCAAAGAACAGGAAAUACCAGGUCAAGUGGCUCCUGAGCUGCCAGUCACUAACCUCAGUGACUUCCCCAGUGACGAGUUCAAGGCCGCACUGGAGGAGACAUGUUUGGAGGAUAAAGUUCCCAACACUGAGCCCUUAGAAGAGCCAAUGGAAAAUCACAUGACAGUGUCAGAGGACAGCAAGACGCAGGACAUAGGACAGGUCACAAAAACAAUCACUAACGGAGUACAACGCAAGGAUGGAACUCUUAAAACAGAGAUUGAGGCAUCCCCGCCACCCCGUGCACAAGAAAAGGUUGUCAGUGAACACAGCAUACCUUUGGGAGUGGAGUUCAUUGUGCCGAGGACCGGCUUCUACUGCAAACUGUGUGGAUUGUUUUAUACCAGUGAGGAGAAUGCCAAGACGACACACUGCCGCAGCACUGUGCACUACAGGAACCUUCAGAAAUAUCUAUCACAGCUGGCAGAGCAGAGUCUCUCAGAUGCGUUUUGCGAGCCCACAGCAGCGCAGUGACAGUAACCCAGUUUGACCUCUGACCUCAGUGAACAGUGGAGUAAAGAAUUAAUGUGACGUGUUUUGGACAUUUGCACAGGUGUGGUGGGUAUUUUGGUGAGAGGGAUGCUUAGAUGUCUAGAAUGGCAUCGACAAUCCCAGCCAUGGAUGCUGCCAGUGUGUACCUAUCUGAAUGUUAAGUAUUUAAUUGCAAUUUUCUUUUGUUUUAUUAAAGUUUAUUUUACUGCGCUGUGUGUGAAAUGACUUGCUGUUUUUAGAAUGGAAAUGAUUUUUCAAUUAGUGAAAAGACAAACGUCUUAUAUUAGUCCCCUCGUAGUGCAAGUUUUGUUUGAUUAUUCUCUCUAUUUUUAUCUAUUUGAUUUGUAAAUUUCUCCUUUUACAGUGAUAUACUAUUACAGCUGCAAAAUAACUUGAAAUUUCCAUUAAGGAUCGUGGUGUUUUUUUUGUUUUUUUUACUCAGUUGAAAAGCUGAGGCGGAUUCUCAGGUUUGUUGUUAUUUGUUGAACAGACUUUAAUGUAUAGCAUGGUACUAAAGAUUUUCAUUUUUAUUUAUUCAGUAUGUGGGGCUUUAAAGGCUCUUGCUGUUUGUAUUUCUUCAAAAUAUGCAUAAUUUGGACAAAAAAAUUAUACAACUAUGCAAACAAAUCCGUCAUAUCUGUCACCAUGAUAAUGCCUUAAAUAUUUAAAAAACUUUCACUGGACCAUGUGUGUAAUUUAUCAACAAUGCUUCAUAUGACAGUAAUUUAUUUUAGGUGGAUUAUCGAACCAGGCUCUGUUUUUGUAUACUGUGAAUAAUUAUCCUGUGACAACAAAGAUAGUGUUGUUUUCAUAUGGUUUUUUUUUCAAGUGAAUUUUUGAUGAAAAAC